UCGAUCGCCGAUUAUAACAUUAACUAUAUAAAGCGUUGCAAUGACCUAAACCAAACACCAAACAUAGUCUGUUGAUCGUCGCUUAAACAUCAAAUCAUCAUGAAAUUCCUGAUCAUUGCCGUCGCCUUCCUGGCCUGCGCUUUUGCCGAUGUCUCCGAAUUAGCCGAUCCAGGCUAUGAUUACCCCCAGCCUGCUCUGCCCGCUCCCGCUCCUGUUGAGUCCUAUAUUCCCCCAGCUCCACCAGCACCUCCUGCACUCCCAGCUCUCCCAGCCCUGCCUGUGCCAUCCGCACCCAGGAACGAAUACAUUCCUCCCGCACCCGUUGCUGCCCCAGUUGAUGCCUACAUUCCACCCGCCGCCGAGGAGCCCAUCAUCGAGGAGAUCGAGCAGCCUGCUCAGGAUGGUUACCGCUACAAGACUGUGCGUCGUCGUGUCUUCCGUCACCGCAACUAAAUUUGUUACGAAUACUCAUAAAUAGGAAUCGAUUUUUUAUUGUUUUUGUUACCUUUGGACAAAUAUAAAGGAAAAAUGUUAGCCAAAUGUUGUCUUGUAGUCUCUUUGAUAUUAAUCAAAGGAUCUGAAGCAGGCCAAUAUAUCACACAAA